CCCGCUCCCAUGAACACUAACAAUUUCUGUCACACGCUCAAGUGCGACCCGCACCAAUAGACGAUGUGAACGGAUUCGGAGUUGAUCUACAAAUCGAUCCUAUUCAUUUGUAACAGUAAGUAUUAGCUGCAGAGAAAUAUGGAGUCUCCGCCGGAGCCCGUCACGGUGCCUGACAAGAGAGCUUCUGCAGCGGGCGCUUCGCCGGAGGACUGCCCGGUGAAACUGGAAGGCAAGGCUGAAAAGGACAAACCAGCACCAGUUAGACGACAGAGUUGUUCAAGUACCAACAAGGAUGUAUCCCCAGCAAAGAAAGCACACACAUCUCAGAUUGAGAGUAUUCCCUGUAAAAUCUGUGGAGAUAAAUCAUCAGGGAUUCAUUAUGGUGUCAUCACCUGUGAGGGAUGCAAGGGUUUCUUCAGGAGGAGUCAGCAGGGCACCGUGUCAUAUUCUUGUCCUCGGCAGAAGAGCUGUCUGAUCGACCGCACCAGCAGAAACCGCUGCCAGCACUGCCGCCUGCAGAAAUGCUUAGCAGUGGGCAUGUCAAGAGAUGCUGUGAAGUUUGGCCGCAUGUCUAAGAAACAGAGGGACAGUCUGUUUGCCGAGGUUCAGAAACACCGUCAGCAGCAGCUACAGGAAAAAGCGGAUGAAGAUACAGAGGAUGGAAGGAAACCUCAACCUCCUGGGGAGGCGGAACCACUCACACCCUCUUACGCCCUGUCCACCACUGGGGUCACAGAGCUCCCUGAUGAGAUCAGCGGAUACGUCAAUGGUCAGACCUCAGAGGGGGGAAACGCAGAUACAGCGAUUGGUGGAUUUUACCUGGAUAUUCAGCCCUCUCCAGACCAGUCAGGAUUAGACAUGGAUGGCAUUAAACUAGAACCUGUGUGCGACCUCAGCUCAGACUCUGGUUUAGAUCAAUAUUGUUGCUAUAGUAAUGGAGACUCUUCCCAGCCUGACAGUGAUCUAGAACAUCUGUCAGAGAACAUCUGUAAGUCUCACCUGGAGACGUGCCAGUAUCUCAGAGAAGAGCUACAGCCCAGCAACUGGCAGACAGUCCUACAGACAGACCUGGACACGUACCAGAAGAAGUCUCAGGAGGACAUGUGGCAGCUGUGUGCGGUUAAAGUCACUGAGGCUGUGCAGUAUGUGGUUGAGUUUGCCAAGCGCAUUGAUGGAUUCAUGGAGCUCUGUCAGAACGAUCAGAUCGUGCUGCUCAAAGCAGGUUCUUUAGAAGUCGUGUUUGUGAGGAUGUGUCGGGCGUAUAACUCCCAGAACAACACAGUCUUUUUCGACAGCAAAUACGCUGGGCCGGAGGUCUUCAAAGCUCUCGGCUGUGAUGAUCUUAUCAGCUCUGUGUUUGAGUUUGCUAAGAGUCUGAGCUCUCUGCAGCUCACCGAAGAUGAGAUCGGCCUCUUUUCAGCAUAUGUGCUGAUGUCUGCAGAUCGCUCCUGGCUGCAGGAAAAGACUAGGGUGGAGAAACUCCAGCAGAAGAUCAAGCUCGCCAUGCAGAACUUACUGCAGAAGAACCAGAGGGAUGAAGGAAUACUCACGAAGCUGGUCUGCAAAGUUUCCAUCAUCCGGAUGCUGUGCCAUCGACACAUGGAGAAACUGAGUGCGAUAAGAGCUCUGUACCCAGAAAUGGUCCACACGCGCUUCCCUCCGCUCUAUAAAGAGCUGUUCGGCUCGGACUUUGAGCAGGUUUUGUCUCAGGAGGCCUGAUCGAGAGAGAGAGAGAGAGAGAGAGAGAGAGAGAGAGAAAAAGAGAGAGAGAGAGACUCAUAUUGAUGCUGCACGAACUUUGAGAGAGACUGAGAGAGAAAAGAUAAUACUAACAUUCUGACAAGAACUCUAAGCUCACUUCAGCCUCUGAUCAUGUACACUGCAUUCUCACAAAGCACUUCUUAGAGUCCAGCCGCACUUUGAACUCGUCCCUCUGGCCGUGCGCCCGACAGCUUGGUGAUCUGAAGAAGGGAGGCAGAAACUGUCCUCGGGGUGCCGGCCCAUAUUUUGUAAUGUUUCAGAGUGAUCCUUCAUGCCAUCGCUUUAUCUUUUAGUGUCCUGUUCUGACGCCAUGAGACACUCCCACUGUAUCUGACUACCCCAGCGGUGCCCUCUACUGGUUAUAGAGGCUAAAUCACAGAUUUCUGGGGCAGACAUAGACAAGAAAUGAACGUCAGUCUCUGAAGUCACUGUCUUUCUCCACCGGUGGCACAAUGUACACCCCAUGUUGGUGCUAACAUCACAGCACUGCCCUUUACUGACCUCUUCCACUAUACGGAUAUUCAGCAGGGACAUUGUUGGCAUAACCACUGCCGAGGCCCCCGGAGAAGGCCGAGGACACACGAAACAGGACUGACAUGGGACUUAAAUCUUGAGACCUGAAUUACUAUUUUAGUCGAACGUUGACUGUUGUGUUUCAUCAUCAAGUGGCACAUUCUGAGGCAGUGAGUUCAGUUACACGCGUAUAUAUACACUUGCUAUAUGGUUAGAUAAAUCAUGCAAUGUAUGAUGUGUAGAACCUAAGGAAAGGUAGCACUUCGUGUUUUUCCCAGCAAUAAACCAUUUAAAAUCCAAUCGUAAAAAAAUACUGAAGGAACAUGGUGUUGUUUAAGAUCGGUGAGAUCUGAAAUGUUUUUCCGUGUUUUGUUGAAUUUCUGUCGUUUGAUGCCAGCUCUCUUUGUCUAGACGGUGAAGUGACACCCUGUUGUGCCAUAGUGAUUCUGUAAUUAGAUUUCCAUCUAAGUGAGUUGAGUGGAGAGACGAUGGACAUGGGUUUACAUUCCAGCGGAGGUGGUUAGAGAUGUAUUUUUUGCACUCGGUACUGCAGCUUAUCAGGGAAGAGGAGAGAGAAACGGUUGUCACUCUUCUUACCUUUGUGCACAAGCUUGUUUCUAAAAAAUAGAUGUCGGAUCUUUGUGUCAACACUUUUGUGCCCCCGACCAACACACACACACAAACCAAAUUUGAUGCAUUGAGCACGCAGCCAUCAUAACAAGGAAAGCAAUAACCUUAGUAAAGAUGUUCCUAACAUUUGUGUUUAAUGUUUUUGUAAGGGCUGGCACUGCUUUACGUGUAGUAUUGUUAUAGUGUCUGUUUCGUGAAAGACAAUCCAUCAAAUAUCUGACCUCAGUAAAGGGUAUAUUGGAACUGCUCAGGGAAACUAUUGUUUUAUAGUUAAGGAGGAGAAUGAACGCGUCCGAACCUGCAAGAAGGCAGUUGUGACAUUUGCAAAAUAAUGACGGUAAUAUAAAAGACAGUGAAAAUGUUCAGUCCUCUUUUAGAAUCAGGGUUAGCUGUGUGAAUGAAGAAUUAUCCAAAAAAUACUGAGCAGAAAGCAAUAAUAAUGGCAUAAUCAUGUUCGAGAACGAAAUUUGCAUGCAGAUGCUUUUAAGCUUUUUCUUGGGUUUUAAAUUUGCUUGGUUUGGCUCUCCAUGUCUCGUAUUUCCUUCCUAUUUCUUCAGAGAACUUAUUUGGCCUUUGUAAUCUCCGUUAAUAUCUUUUCAACAAACAUAAAAUCCACUGUUUGUGUUGGUAACUUUUCGGUGACCCAUGAAUGGACUUUUAUUGCACUCACAUGGUUAGCAAUUUCUUUUAGGCUGGUCAGUUGCAUUGAUUUCCGACAUCAUUAAGGUUCAGUGUGAAUAAUUAACUGUUUAUUAUUAUGACAUGUGUAACGUUUGGUGUUAUGUGUGUUUUAGUCCAGAGGCCUGGAAUGUUUCUUUCAUUGCCAAUUUUCCUUUCAAUGUCCAUCACUAAGGCAGUAUUGUAUUUUUCUCUUGCUUUGGUUUGGGGGCAUGAGCACUUAAUUUUUAUGUACAUGUUAAAAAAAGACUAUCACAGUAACACAGUCCCUUUUAUUGUUGUCAUUUUCACUGACAAAUGACCAAAUGUUUUUGUGUAAUAUACACACCACGAUAUGCUAAAUUGUAAUUAAUGCUAGUCAUUAUAAUGGAUCACAGUUUGUACUCGAGAAACUGACUCUUUGUUUCUGUACAUUUUACCCAUCCUUGAUUUUUAAAAGAUUAACAAAUGCUCCUAAAUUGUUUUAAUUUAAACCUCCAAUGUCCUAAUCUAGCCUCCAGUAGAUCUCAAGAAAUAGCCUGUUUCUUCCAAUUUGUUUGUUUAUUUGUUUGUUUUGAGGUAUUUUGCCUUUGUUUUGUAUAUACACCUGUACAAAAAUGCAAAAGUAUUGUUUCCCUUGAAAUACAGUUUUCAUCUAAUGUUGUGAUUUUGUAUUUAGAGGUUUAACCCACUGAAUUACUUUUAUUAAAGGCGCAUGUCACACAUUGACACAUGGUGUGUUGAACGUGCUGAUGACAAUAAAAAUUCCACGGCUUGUGAUGGAA